AUGGCAGUCCAAGUAUCCAGCGAUGCUACCUGUAGUGACGAUGAAGACUUAGCCUUCGUUGAUGCUAUAAUUUCAAACCACCUCCCAUGCGACGUGCUGGUUGACGAAGUGGAUACACUUCCUCCUGGCCAAUCGACUGUAACUUUAUCUUGCCCAACAUCCUCUUGGGGUCUCUAUGCUCUUGAGAGCAGCGAAGUGGUGAUGUCCCAUCUCCACUUUCGAUGGCAACAUACGGGUACCAUGGCCACUACUUCGAAGAGGAAUCAUGUUUCAUUGGUGCGCGUGCCACGUAGUUUGCACACUUUAGAUGUACAAACACGACAACCUCAGCAAACUGAGCUUGGAACGACAUCGCGCCUUUUACUUGUUAUUUCUACUGACCAGAACGACAUCUUGUGGGUGACUAUUACUCCUGUCGACACGGACAUUGUGUUUUUCCCCAAAGGAGAGCUCUUAUUCAUUGCUGCACUGAAGAAAAUCGGACUAAGUGUGAUGUAUAGCACACAAUCCUCGCCGGGUGUGAUCCGCACCCUGCAAACCUCCAGAGUUGUUACAGUCUCACUACCCAUAGCAGUGAACGUAGAACACUUUUUCCGCGGCAAAAGAUUGUUUUCGAAGUUUACUAUCUCGACCACUUCCCACCAGUAUGUUCGAAUAUCAUCGACGGAGCUGCAGGGUCCACCGAGUCUCGAUGGGGUGAAGAUCUCAGGUUGUCGUCCAAGCCGUCCUGUUGUGACCGUUACGCCAGAACAUCCCGUGAACUUCCUGCUCUCCAUAGAGUCUUCAAAUGGACCUGUUCUGGAGCCACUGAACCUCAUCAUCAAGUACCGCAUACUACGUGACGGUGAGGAUUCUCUCACAUCUAGUGUUGCCUUGACUGCAACUAGUUAUUCAGAGCUGGUCGCACACCUGGAGAGUGACGCUGAAUGGGUAGAAACGUACAGGGCUACUGGUGAAAUUGUCUUGCCUCAUUCGUUUGAAGAUGGCGGGGAUUUCCAGGGACCUAUUCGGGAGGCAUUGGCGCAAUGUCGCUCCGAGACUGCAUCGCCCUGUCCUUGGAGAGAGAUCAAGAUACCGGUUGAUGUCCCAAGGAUGAACAUCGUGACCGCAGCACAAAUCGCUGUUCAACCAUCACUCCCCAGUGACACACGAUCAGAUCAACUACUGCCAAUUUAUGCAGGCCAACCAAUCCCUGCGACCCUCAUCUUCAAGACCUCUUUUCAUUGGGCUGAGAAAGAAGGUAAACAACGCAGCUAUAAGAUGCGAUACAAUGUCGAAGAGCAUGUCAAGGAUUGGCUUUUGUGUGGACGAAAGCGUGGAGAUUUCGUCGCAACUAUGCCUAUGUCAUCCCAAGCGCUCUGGAAGGCUAGAAUCGCCGCUUGGACAAAGAUUAUAGACCAGCAGUCAUUGAACAGGCAGCGAGACAGCUAA